CAAAUUUUAAAAAAUUUAUUUAAUAUAACCCUUUUUCAAGUCCCAUAUUUCAACGAGAUGAAUCAUUACGCCAUUCCUUCCACGAAAAUGAUUUUACCAUUAGGAAAUGUAUUUGUUUUUAAUCUGAAACAUUCCCUACCUCUUUUUCUCGCCCUGAUAAUUUUCUUUUGUUCCGUGAACUUUGAUUGCUGUUCCGGUAUGUGUGCAAAUACUCCUGUCGACAAUACUAAAAUAUUGUCGAAAAGUGAUGGUGGAAUAGUUAAAGUCGCGACAAACCCUCAAUCCACGCGGGGUAGCGGUCCUGAAACCGGCAAAUCUAAAUACAAGCGGUCCCUUAAGGUAUUAAAAGUUCCUAAGUUUGAUCUCGAUUUGUUCAAGAAAGCUAUUGGAGCUAAAAACAGACCCAUCGAUGUUAUCGUUCUUAUGGAAUUGGCUUACUCAUCUUCUAGAGAAUAUGAUUGUUCACUUUCGUCUACAUUUGGCUCGAUAUUUUUCGGAAUUGGAAACAAUCCGAUAGGAAUUGCGGGAUCGGAUACGGGAAUCAUUACUUAUAACAAAGAUGCCAAUGUUCAUUUGUCUUUAAAUUGUGCAAAAGCAUUUACUGGGAUAUUAAAUUUGCCUACACCUAUUUUCAACGCGGCGGCUGACGAUUUAGAUGUGGGUAAAGCUUUACAAUUGGCUAAAAAGCUUUUUGAGACUUCUAACAGGCCAUAUCCGCUAAAACAAAUAUUGGUUUUUAUUUCGGGUAAAUCUCGGGGUAACCCCGAAAAAAUUGCCAAGCUCUUAAAACAAUACGAUAUCGAAAUAUACGUAUUUGCUUAUACAAAAAAUGUGGAUCUCGAACAAGUAUAUUCUAUAGCAUCUUCGCCUGAACACGUGUUUUGGUUUCCUGAUUACUGCAGCGCUUCGAAAGCCAUUUAUGGAUUAUAAAUUUUGUUAUUUCUAUUUUUGGAUAAUUUUUUU